UGACUGUCUUUUUUAUUCUUGCAAUUUUUAUUUUAAAGAAAAUAAAACCAGGAUAAAACAAAACAGUGUGCUACAAGACUUCAAAACAAGAUCAUAGGGAAAUCAACAAUGGUUACCAUCCAUAAUGCCUCUUGUCUUUAACAGCUGCCCAUACCUUCAGACAUAGUAAAAAUCAAACAAAAUAGAACUAAUAAAAACAAAAUAAUGAAUGCACUAAAGGACUUCAAAACAAGAUAAUAGUAAAUCCAAAAUGGCAACCAUAAUAUAUCUUGUUAUCUUUGAAAUGGCUGCCCACGCCAUUGAAUAUAAUAAAAUCAAACAAGACACAAUAGAAUAAAACCCAACCCAACAAAGCAAUGAAAAUGAUAACAGGACUUCAAACAAGAUAAUAGGGAAUUAACAAUGGCUACCACCUUCAGAAGGAGAUGCCCUAUAGAUGCUUCACUGCAUACUGUUAUCCUCUGAAUAGAUGGUCAGACUACUGGCUUUAGGCCUUCAGAGUCAGUGAAAUACUAAAUACUACAAGCAUUAAGUUGUAUUUUACCUCAAUAGCUGUCACCAUAGCCUGUGUUUCUCUGGAUUAGCUGGUUGCUUGUGGUGGGGGUUGGGAGGUUUGGAGGUGGCUCUUAUCUCCCAGGCUAUGCACCGGAAGGGGCUGGCAUCUGGUUCCCCCGUUGGUCUGUGCACAGUGCCAGCUUACCGGGAGGGCUUGCUUCCUGUUGACUUCUUGUCCUCCUCCGCAGUCCAUGAAUGGCACUGACUCACUGGUAAAGACAAUUCUUCUAUUUUCAAAAUUUCCCUAAAGCACAACAACAGAGCACUGGCUCAGGCCCUCAGCAGGGAGAAAGAGAACUCUCGGAGAAUUGCAACUGAAAAGAUGCUACUGCAAAAAGAAGUAGAGAAACUGAACUUCAAGAAUACCUUUCUUCAACUAAAGCUAGAUAACCUGAAUAAGAAGCUUAUAGAAAUAGAAUCACUCCUGAGCAAUAACUUGAUAACUGCAAUUGAAAUGAGCAGUCUUUCUGAGUUCCAUCAGAGCUCCUUUCUGCCGUCCACUAGCAAGAAAAAACGGCCUAGCAGACAGUGUGAGUUGGUCCGUCUUCCAUUCGCGAGGGUUCCAUUAUCUUCAAAUGAUGACGAUGAUGAUGAUGAUAAAGAGAAAACACCAAGGGACAACGGUGUCACAUCAAGGCUGUCACCUGACGCUGCAUCUUCAGUAUCAGUAAGGCAGUCUGUACCAGCUCAGUGUAAUGUGGACUUGGUACUUCUUAAAGAAAGUAACUGGAGUAUGUGUGGCCCAGAUGACACAGAGCGCAUAUCUUCUAGGGUCAGUGUACCGCCCAAAGAGGGCCAUUCCCACUUAGAACGAAGUUCCCAGUGUUCUGUGGUGGGUGAGACGACCAAUGGCCGGUGCAACAGCCAUGGAAGGGAGAAGCUGUCUCUGAGUAAUGUGACAGCGAGGAAAAAGCGCGCCUCUUCCUGGGCCUCUGAUAGCCCUGCUGCAGAUGCGCCCUGGGGGGCAGCUUCCGGGCAGCAGCACAGUUUGAGUCCCAGAUUGGACCAGAAUGUGGAGUCGGAGGGUUGUACUAAUGAGAGCAGCACCACAGUGCCCGGAAGUCCGAAAGGCCCUGCUGGCCUGGAAAAUCCUCCUGCACCUCUCGGGAAGCCCAGCCCAGACAGUGUGGGGCGCCUGCAGGGUGGUGGGGAUCCCCAGGGGCAGACAACUGUGUACGGAGCCGACAUGGAGCUGACAGCCACUGAUAUGCACACAAUCAUCACCGUUUCCCGAGGCAGCAGGCAGCAGAGCAGCAGAAAGAUGAACAACUGUGAACACACAGCUCUCAGGAAGGUGAGGGACCGGAACUCUGGGUCAAAGAGAGAAAGAUCGAAGAGAAAAUGUAAAACUGGUACAGGCACAGACGCCACGGGCCAGGCUGAAAACGGACCUGAAGGAGGCUCUGCACGCGUGGGCGGCAGAGAGGAUGCAGGAGACCCAGAUUCUAUUCUCAGUGCUGCAUGGCUGCCUCCAGUGAGUCUGCUGAGGAAAACAGCCCUUCACCAAGCCUCUGGCUGGGAGGACAGAUGCAGUGGCCAGUACAGUGGAGCGGAGAAGGCCAGUGAGCAGGGGCCAGUGCCCUCCUCCUCCCCAGGGGCAGACGGAGCCUUGAAAGAGGGAGGCACCCACGAGUCCCAGCGCUCGCUUGCAUGCAGUAAAAGUAAAGCUUCUAGACAGACGUUUGUGAUUUGUAACUUAGAAAAAGAUUGCUUAUUCCCAAACCAAAAGGAGGAUAAAGAAAACGUAGAAGUUGCACAUGAAUUUCAGACAGCUGACCUUUCCUCCAGAGAAAAUGGAAAUGUACAUGACUGUGAGACCCAGAAUAUCUCCAAGCUGAAAAAGUGUGUUCCUGGUCGGCAGAGUCAGUCAAAGGUCAGUCAUCGUAAGCAGAGAGUAAACAGAAAGACAGAAGUGAUCUCUCAGGUACAGGAGAGGCAUGAGGAGGGUGGUGCGGAUGGUCAUGCCCCCCAGCAGGGAAAUGCCUUCUUGCCCCAAGUAGAUACAGAGACCAUCUCUGGCAACAUGGGUCUUUCAGAUGAUUUCCAGAUACUCAGUCCUUUCCUAAGAGAUCAGGGAAACCUGUGUGACCAUGAGACCCAGAACUUGUUGGGUUUGCAGAAGCCAGUCACCACUGUGUACCCUGUUCAGCAAAAUGAGUCCAAAAUUAAUAAGAAGCUUCGGCAGAAAGUAAAUCGGAAGACAGAGAUAAUUUCUGAAGUGAAGCAUUUUGAUGAUGAGAAAAGCCAGUGUUGCUCAGAAAAAGGUGUUUCUUUCUGGAAGGAGAAGGAAGCUAUCCCCCGAAGGCCAACAUGCUCAGGUGAGCUUCAGACCCCUGCUGUCCCUACCCAGGGCUGCGGAGAACCGUGUGAUCACAAGGCUUUGAGUGUUUUGGCAGCAAGGACGCAGCCCCAUGGUAUGACAGCUACGUGUUGGACUGAUUCCGAGACAGGGGCACUUAGAAGAAAGGCUUGUCCAAGUACAGAGAUAACCCUUGAGCGCAGCCGCACCUGUGUGCGCAUGGGCGAAGGCCUGCAGGCCCUCGGGACAGAUGGCUUUGCUGCUUUAACCCAGAAGCGUGCUGAAACCAUUUCUGCAAACCCAGAAGUCACGUGUAGGUUUCAGACAGUUGAUCUUCCCACCAGAGAUCAUGGAAAAGUGGACAACUGGGAGACCCAGAAGAACAGUGUCACCGGUAUGCAGCUUCCGCAGCAAAAUGAAUCAAAAGCACAUAGGAAGCUUAGGCAGAAAGUAAAUCGGAAGACAGAAAUAAUUUCUGAAAUGAUCCAGAUAUAUGAGGACAUUGAUAAUGAUGUACAUGGCCAGAAAAACUACUCGGAAGAUCUCGAUUUUAAAAUCAAUACUUCUAAACCAAGACUCGGUCAGCAAGGCCUUAGGGAUGAAUACUAUAUGGAGAUCACCAGUGGUGUGAAGGAAAAUUACAGCCAGAUUUCAGAUCCAUCUGAACUAGUUCAGGAGCAUAAGCAAAGGUCACCAGGCAAGGCAGAAGGCGUUCGGACAAGGGAUCGGAGCAGGCCGACUUUGCCAUGGGCCGGCAUGACAGGUACCAGCAGUGGGCCUGACUCUGCCACCAGCAAGUGCCAGGCCACGGGAGUGACCAAGGUGACAUCCAGAGGAAAGCACAGGAAGACCUCAGCACUUCUGCCGGGCUCUGCACACUUGGACCAGGAAAACCAGUGGCAGGGUCUCCAGACCAUGGGCACCGAGGCAGACUCCCACUCGGAGGUGUCACAGCGUUUUUCUCGGGGGUUCCCACCUGACAUGCGGGGUCUCUCCUCUGAUGGUGUCUGUGCAGGGGCAGUGCCUGCAAGUGUCUCUUCCACCAAAGUCCUGGUCGUCAAAGAUGGCUCCUUCCCUGCCCACUCACCCAUCCUCCAGGUCCCUGGGGACGGGCAUGAGAAGACAGAGGAGGCUCGAGCCAGCGCUGGCCAGAGAACACAAAAGGCCACGACAGGUAACAGGACACUGCAGGACUUGACAAACACCAGUUGCUUUGCAAGUAGCACUGUGAAGUCUGAGAGCGCAUCAGAAGGUGGAGCUUCCGAGCCACCAAGCAAAAAACGGAGGUGUGCACCACUCAGUCUGAAAGAGCCCAACCUCAAAAGGAAGAUGAGAAGAUGAAGUAAAGAUGGGUCCUAGUUUCUCUGGAUUCUCAAGGAACGAGGAGUCCGAACAGAAAUUACCCAGGAUCACCAAGGUGGCACACUUGGGGAAAAGUUCUUUCUUUCUUUUUUUUUUCCGCCUUUUCUUGGGGCGUUGACUUGUUCAUUCUUAGAUAUAUGUACAUAAAAUAGCUGUCUUUGUGGUAUUAAACUUCUAAAAUAAUUUUGUCCUUAUGACUUCUUUCUUGCUCAUUUAAGCUCCUUUCUGGCUAAGUCUUACAACCAGACAAGAACUGUUACGCUUUUAAUGAGAUGUGCUAAUAAAUACUUGGGCAUUGGUUA